AGUGAAGGAGCUUAAGAAGGAAUAAAAAAACGAGAGCUCGAAAAUCAUUACCUUUUCUGAUCAUCAAAUUUCAAUAACUAAAAGGACAAAAAGUUAAAUACGACGCCGUUUAGGAACAGGGACUCUUACUGGCAAACCUCUUUCCAGUUUCCAGAACCACCGCCAAUCCCCAUACACGAGAAAGUGAGAGAGGCACUGAAACAGAAGCAAGAGAAGAAACAACAAUGGAUCCUCAGCUGUGGCAUAAAGUAGCCGCGCUCUCUGGAAUGGCAGCACUGGGGUUGGGCACAUAUGGCGCCCAUGGCUUCAAACCCCAAAACCCAACUUACAAAGAGACGGCGUCUCUGUACCAUUUGGUUCACACAGCAGCUCUCCUUGCUGCCCCCAUCACGAAACGCCCCACCAUUUUUGGAGGCCUGUUGACUACUGGAAUACUCGCAUUCUCCGGGACGUGUUAUACUGUGGCAUUCCUUGAGGAUAGAAAGUACUCGACAUUGGCUCCUUUCGGUGGCUUUGCUUUCAUCGCUGCUUGGGGUAGCUUGCUAUUCUAAGAACUUCAACUUCUAUGGAUCCCUGUACAACUUAUGUUUUCAGAUUCACUAUUUAUGAUCAACACUUUCAUCUUCUCAAAUAGAUCCGACUGCGCCUUUGUUGAAUUUCAAAGUUGCCCAAGGACCAAGUAAUUGCCUAAUGAUGUAUGAUGUAUAGCAAUGUACUGAUUGUGCCACUUCAGCGGUACAAAACCAUUUAUGAUAAAGAGUAUCGUGACAGUAUUUCAAGUUAA